AUGGCCACUGAAACACAAACCCUCACGCAAUCGUGGUUUGACCGGGCUCGCUUUAUCCCGCCCGAUGCGAUCUUUGCUUUGACGGCUCAGUAUCUCGCAGAUACGUCUCCUUAUAAGGUCAAUCUAGGCCAAGGAACAUACCGAGACAAGAAUGGAAGUCCAUGGGUUCUUCCCUCGGUUAAUAAAAGCCGAGAGCUAUUAUCAUCGCAGGGGCUGGCCCACGAGUAUCUUCCAAUUGUCGGUCUGACAGAGUUUCGCAAAGAGGCUGCGAGACUGGCAUUGGGCGAUGAGCUGUUCGCAAAGAAACAGAAGCAACUCGCUACGUGCCAAAGUCUCUCCGGCACUGGAGCACUGCAUCUUGCUGGGCUAUUGCUACGAGCAUGCAAGACACCUUUGCCAAAGAUAUACGUCCCUGAGCCGACCUGGUCUAACCACCACCAGGUGUUCUCAUCACUUGGAUUCCAAUGCGAAAGUUUUAGAUACUACAGCCCCGAGACUAGAGACGUGGAUAUUGAUUCCUAUUAUGCGACAUUGAAAUCGGCUGAACCGAACUCUGUGGUUAUUAUUCAUGCGUGCGCUCAUAACCCGACCGGGUGUGACCCGAGCAAGGAGCAAUGGCGAGAGCUUGCGCGCCUAUUCAAAGAAAGACAGCUGUUCCCUCUGUUUGACGCUGCCUAUCUCGGCUUCAACUCGGGCAAUGUCGACAGCGAUGCUUUUGCCAUCCGAUGGUUCAUUGAGAAAACAGGAUUAGAAGCUGGAGUUUGUCUGUCCUUUGCGAAGAAUAUGGGUCUCUAUGGGGAGCGAGUUGGUUGUUUCUUGCUCGCGACAAAUACCGAGCAAGCGGCCGUGAACACUCAAUCAAUGCUCGAAAUGCUUCAGCGAUCCGAAGUUUCAAAUCCACCGGCUUAUGGCGCGAAGAUCGCGAACACCAUAUUAUCUAGUACUACCCUGCGGCAGGCUUGGUAUGACGAUCUGAUCACCAUGAGUGACCGCAUUCGAUCUAUGAGAAAGGCACUGUAUGAUAAGUUGGUGGCAACGGGCGCACCGGGGUCCUGGGAGCAUCUAAUUCGCCAAUCUGGGAUGUUUGGUUUCUUGGGACUGUCCCCCAGUGUCGUCCUUCGACUGCGCGAGCAAUAUCACAUCUAUAUGGCAGACAACUCUAGGAUCUCCAUUGCCGGUCUCAACGAUGGAAAUGUAGAUGAUUAUACAAGGAAAAUUGUCCUCGGUACAGAAACAGCCUUCCUCGAUGGCAGAGGGAACGAAGAGAGCAAAACAGGGAUUACCAACCGAGUGAUCGUCGCCGAAGCAGCACGGAAUGAGACGGAAGAGGGUCUCGAAGCUUCCAUUGCUGGAUUCCAGGACAACGGGCGUUCGCGGGAACUACUUGAUGCACUUACGAGGAUCGUGACAACAAAGGAGGACACGCGUCUGUAUUUGGCCAAAAUCGACAAUCGGAUAGCCGGCAACCACUGCUCUUGCGAUUAUGCAAACACCAACUGGGGCUCCACCUGGAAACCACUAUCACCAGAGUCGGAAGUGGGAGUGCGCGAAAUAUGGAACGGUCAGGCAUGCGGCUGGCGUACACGACGACAAUAA